AUGUCUUAUCAAAUUUCUCUCGUUUCUACUCCAACAAUUAAGAGUUCAAACACUUUUAAAGGUAAACGCCCUGUCGCAAAAUAUCAUCCGAGCAUAUGGAAAGACCACUUUCUUUCACUAACAUCUGAUGCGUUGAGUGUAGAUAUAGAGAUGGAGAAACAAGUUAAGCAAUUGAAAGUAGAAGUGAAAAAGAUGCUAAUGAUUUCUAAUAGAAAUCUUUUGGAGAAAUUAAGUUUGGUUGAUUCAAUCCAACGGUUAGGCGUAUCUUAUCAUUUUGAAAAUGAGAUUGAUCAAGUCUUAGAAAAAAUAUAUGCAAAUUAUAGAGACUUCACAAGUAUUGAUGGCGACGAGGAUCUUCACACUGUCUCUCUUCUAUUUCGAUUGCUUAGACAACAAGGUUAUAAAAUUCCGUGUGAUAUAUUCACAAAAUUUGUAGAAAGUAAUGGAAAGUUCAAAGAAUCACUAACGGAGGAUGCUAGAGGAAUUUUAAGUCUAUAUGAAGCGGCACAUAUGAGGGUGCAUGGAGAAGAUAUCCUUGAGGAAGCGCUUGAUUUUAGUGUCAAAUAUCUAAGAGAUGUUACAACCAACUCAAACCCCAAAUUUGCUGAUGAAGUUCAAAGUGCCUUGAAAUGGCCACUAAGAAAAACCCUUCCAAGACUAAAGGCAAGAGCGUACGUAACAAUGUAUCAAGAAGAUCCUUCCCAUUCUCAAACUUUGCUUGCUUUUUCAAAAUUGGAUUUCAACGUUUUACAGAAACUUCACCGAAAGGAAUUGAAAGAACUCACCAGGUGGUGGAAGGAUUUGGAAGUCCCAACAAACUUUCCUUUUGCUCGAGAUAGAAUUGUUGAGAGUUACUUUUGGACAUUGGGUGCAUACUUUGAACCACAUUUCGGUGUUGGAAGGAAAAUUUUAACUAAAGUAAUCGUCAUUUCUUCAAUUUUAGAUGAUAUAUAUGAUGCCUACGGAACGUUUGAAGAACUCCAAAUUUUUACUACGGCAAUCCAAAGGUGGGAUAGAAGUAUGGUUAACGUGCUCCCAAAAUACAUGAAACAUUUUUAUAUAGCAAUGUUAGAUGUUUUCGAAGAAAUAAGCAAAGAAAUAGGCAAGGAUGAAAGUUCACUCCACAUUCGUACGGCCAGAGAAGGAAUAAAAAAGUUAGCUCAAUCCUACUUUAAAGAAGCUAAAUGGUUGAACAAAAAAUAAAAACCAAAUUUUAAUGAGUACAUGGAAUUGGCGCUGUGUAGUACAGGGUAUACCUUCAUUAUAAGCAUUUCAUUUCUUGGCAUGGGUGACAUAGUAACGAACGAGGUACUAGAAUGGCUUUCUAGAAGACCUAAAAUUGUUAAAGCCUCAGCCGUCAUUUGUCGACUCAUGGACGACGUCGUUUCCCACAAGUUUGAGCAAGAAAGGGAGCAUGUUACUUCUGCAGUUGAAUGUUACAUGGAGCAAUAUGGUUGUUCAGAGAAAGAAGCUUGUGUUGAACUUCAUAAACAAGUGGUUGAUGCAUGGAAGGACAUAAAUGAAGCAUGUCUUUAUCCAAUCGAUGUUCCAAUGCGUAUUCUUAUGCGUGUGGUGAAUCUUUCUAGAGUUAUAAACGUGCUUUAUUUAGACGAGGAUGGAUAUACAAAUGGAAGUGGUAGAACAAAACUUCUUAUUGAAUCUCUUCUUGUCAACUCAAUACCUUGUUGA